AUGGACCAAAUAGAAUGCUCAAAUUCUUCUACAGCUGAAGAGAAUGAAUCUGCGAAGAAAGAAGUAUGGUGUUUGACACGAGUCGGGAAAGAUUUGGACUGGCUCCGCUUGUUCGAGAAUACAGAGGUAGCAUACAGUAGCUAGCCGUUAGUAAAUGUAGGUGCGAAUCAAACAAACUGGUUGCAUGUACAUUUUAGCUAGUUAGCUGUUUGGUGCUAAAGUUUAACCUCAACCUACUGGCUAGCUAACUACCUAGACUGUUAGCUAAAUCCCUCAUGAAUGCGAAAUGGUAAUCAAGGGUUGAAACCGGUUCAAAAGUCCUCACUCUGCUACUCAAACGUAUUCCAGCGUCUGCCUGGCAACUGGUACACCAUGUAUAUAGCCAAGCUAUUAUUGCUCAUCGUGUAUUUGUUCCUCGUAUUGCUAUUAUAAUGUUUUCUGUAUUAUUGUAUUAUGCACUGUUGAGAAGGGCCCGUAAGUAAGCAUUUCACUGUUAGUGUACACCUGUUUACGAAGCAUGUUACAAUUAGGUUUGAUUGAUUUGAUGUUUAGAGAAGAAUUGAUUGACUUUUUCAAUGCUAGUUAUGGGUACUAUAGUUAUCACUUUUCACAUUGGAUUUAUUAACUACAAAAAGGUAAGACGUGUUUUUAAUUAAAGUAGUGACGUUUGUUAACGUUUGCUCUGGUCCAACAUUAAACCAACUCGGGAGUUCAAAGACAUUCAAAGUUCCUCCAUAGAUGCGGCUCCUCCAUAGAUAUAAUUAUGUGGGCAUGUCAUAAAAAGAUGCCCAGCGCUUCAUGACAAGCUUCCUCCAUCCUCUCUCGCGCUCUCCUCACACUCAAUUUCAGUUGCAUAUCUCGUGUUUUGCGCCUUCUUCCCCACACUUGUCUGCGUGGGUGGACCAUAUCAGUUUGACAGUGAUGUGUAAGCCAAGAAACUUGAAGCUUUCCACGUUCUCCACUGUGGAUAGGGGGGUGCACCCUCUGCUGUUUCCUGAAGUCCACGAUCAUCUCCUUUGUUUUGUUGACGUUGAGCGAGAGGUUAUUUUCCUGGCACCACACUCCCAGAGCCCUCACUCACCUCCUCCCUGAGGAUGUCUCGUCAUUGUUGGUAAUCAAGCCUACUACUGUUGUGUCGUCUGCAAAUUGAGUUGGAGGCGUGCUUGGCCACACUGUCAUGGGUGAACAGGGAGUACAGGAGGGGGCUGUGCACGCACCCUUGUGGGGCCCCAGUGUUGAGGAUCAGCGAAGUGGAGAUGUUGUUUCCUACCUUCACCACGUGGGGGUGGCCCGUCAGGAUGUGCAGGACCCAGUUGCACAGGGCGGGGUUCAGACCCAGGGCCUCGAGCUUAAUGAUGAGCUUGGGGGUACUAUGGUGUUGAAUGCUGAGCUAUAGUCAAUUAACAUAAUUCUUACAUAGGUAUUCCUCUUGUCCAGAUGGGAUAGGGCAGUGUGAUGGCGAUUGCAUCGUCUGUGGAUCUAUUGGGGCGGUAAGCAAAUUGAAGUGGGUCUAGGGUGACCGGUAAGGUAGAGGUGAUAUGAUCCUUGACUAGUCUCUCAAAGCACUUCAUGAUGACAGAGGUGAGUGCUACGGGGCGAUAGUCAUUUAGUUCAGUUAUCUUUGCUUUCUUGGGUACAGGAACAAUGGUGGCCAUCUUGAAGAAUGUGGGGACAGCAGACUGGGAAAGGGAGAGAUUGAAUAUGUCCGUAAACACACCAGCCAGCUGGUCUGCGCAUGCUCUGAAGACGCGGCUAGGGAUGCCUUCAGGGCCGGCAGCCUUGCGGGGGUUAACAUGCUUAAAUAUCUUACUCAUGUCGGCCACGGAGAAGGAGAGGCCACAGUCCUUGGUAGUGGGCCUUGUCGGUGGCACUGUGUUAUCCUCAAAGCGGGUGAAGAAGGUGUUUAGCUUGUCUGGAAGCGAGACGUCAGUGUUGGCGACGUGGCUGGUUUUCCUUUUGUAGUCCGUGAUUGUCUGUAGACCCUGCCACAUACGUCCUGUGUCUGAGCCGUUGAAUUGUGACUCCACUUUGUCUCCUAUACUGAUGUUUUGCCAGUUUAAUUGCCUUGUGGAGUGAGUAGCUACACUGUUCUUCCAUAUUCCCAGUCACCUUGCCAUGGUUAAAUGCGGUGGUUCGCGCUUUCAGUUUUGCGCGAAUGCUGCCAUCUAUCCACGGUUUCUGGUUAGGGUAGGUUUUAAUAGUCACAGUGGGCAGAACAUCACCUAUACACUUCCUGAUAAGCUCAGUCACCGUUUCAGUGUAUUCGUCUAAAUUAUUUUCGCAAGCUACCUGGAACAUACCCAAGUCCGCGUGAUCAAAACAAUCUUGAAGCGUGGAUUCCGAUUGGUCAGACCAGCGUUGAAUAGUCCUUAGCACGGGUACUUCCCGUUUGAGUUUCUGCCUAUAGGAAGGGAGAAGCAAAAUGGAGUCGUGGUCAGAUUUGCCAAAAGGAGGGCGGGGGUGGGCCUUAUAACCAUCCCGGAAGUUCGAAUAGCAAUGGUUGAGGAUUUUAGCAGCCCGAGAACAACAGUUGAUAUGUUGAUAGAACUUCGGCAGCCUAGUCCUCAAAUUUGCUUUGUUAAAAUCCAGUUUGCAUAAAGUCCAGUGAAGUUCUUUGAGGGCCGUUGUGGUAUCGGCUUGAGGGGGGAUAUACAGUCGUGGUCAAAAGUUUUGAGAAUGACACAAAUAUUAAUUUUCACAAAGUCUGCUGACUCAGUUUUUAUGAUGGCAAUUUGCAUAAUCUCCAGAAUGUCAUGAAGAGUGAUCAGAUGAAUUGCAAUUAAUUGCAAAGUCCCUCUUUGCCAUGAAAAUGAACUUAAUCCCCAAAAAACAUUUCCACUGCAUUUCAGCCCUGCCACAAAAGGACCAGCUGCCAUCAUGUCAGUGACUCUCUUGUUAACACAGGUGAGAGUGUUGACGAGGACAAGGCUGGAGAUCACAGAUUGAGUUAGAAUAACAGACUGGAAGCUUUAAAAGGAGGGUGGUGCUUGAAAUCAUUGUUCUUCCUCUGUUAACCAUGGUUACCUGCAAGGAAACACGUGCCGUCAUCAUUGCUUUGCACAAAAAGGACUUCACAGGCAAGGAUAUUGCUGCUAGUAAGAUUGCACCUAAAUUAAUCAUUUAUCGGAUCAUCAAGAACUUCAAAGAGAGAGGUUCAGUUGUUGUGAAGAAGGCGUCAGGGCGCCUAAGAAAGUCAAGCAAGCGCCAGGACCGUCUCCUAAAGUUGAUUCAAUGCAGUUUUAAGAAAAAUAAGUGUUAAGUAAAAAAUAGAUAAUUAUAAAAUUAAAGAGCAGCAGUAAAAUAACAGUAGCGAGGCUAUAUACAGGGGGUACCGGUACAGAGUAAAUGUGCGGGUGCACAGGUUAGUGGAGGUAAUUGAGAUAAUAUGUACAUGUGGUUAGAGGUAAAGUCGCUAUGCAUAGAUAAUAAACAGAGAGUAGCAGCAGCGGAAAAAGAGGGGGUGGGGGGGGACAAUGCAAAUAGUCCGGGUAGCCAUUUGAUUAGCUGUUCAAGAGUCUUAUUGCUUGGGGUUAGAAGCUGUUAAGAAGCAUUUUGGAACUAGACUUGGCGCUCCGGUACCGCUUGCCAUGUGGUAACAGAGAGAACAGUCUAUGACUAGGGUGGCUGGAGUAUUUGGCAAUUUUUUAGAGCCUUCCUCUGACACCGCCUGGUAUGGACGUCUUGGAUGGCAGGAAGCUUGGCCACAGUGAUGUACUGGGCCAUAUGCACUACCCUCUGUAGUGCCUUGCGGUCGGAGGUCGAGCAGUUGCCAUACCAGGCGGUGAUGCAACCAUUCAGGAUGCUCUCGAUGGUGCAGCUGUAGACAUUUUUGAGGAUCUGAGGACCCAUGCUUUGUCGUGCCCCUCUUCACAACUGUCUUGGUGUGUUUGGACCAUGAUAGUUUGUUGGUGAUGUGGACACCAAGGAACUUGAAGCUCUCAACCUGCUCCACUACAGCUCUGUCAAUGUCGAUGAGAAUGGGGGCGUGCUCGGUCCUCCUUUUCCUGUAGUCCACAAUCAUCUCCUUUGUCUUGGUCACAUUGAGGGAGAGGUUGUUAUCCUGGCACCACAUGGCCAGGUCUCUGACCUCCUCCCUAUAGGCUGUCUCAUCGUAGUCUGCAAACUUAAUGAUGGUGUUGGAGUAGUGCCUGGACAUGCAGUCAUGGGUGAACAGGAGGGGACUGCGCACGCACCCCUGAGGGGCAGCGUGGCAGAUGUAUUGUUACCUACCUUUACCACCUGGGGGGCGGCCCGUCAGGGAGUCCUGGAUCCAGUUGCAGAGGGAGGUGUUUAGUUCCCACGGUCCUUAGUUUAGUGAUGAGCUUUGAGGGCACUAUGGUGUUGAACGCUGAGCUUUAGUCAAUGAAUAGCAUUCUCACGUAGGUGUUCCUUUUGUCCAGGUAGGAAAGGGCAGUGUGGAGUGCAAUGGAGAUUGCAUCAUCUGUGGAUCUGUUGGGGCGGUAUGCAAAUUGGUGUGGGUCUAGGGAUUCUGGGAUAAUGGUGUUGAUGUGAGCCAUGACCAGCCUUUUAAAGCACUUUAUGGCUACAGAUGUGAGUGCUACGGUUAGGUAGUAAUUUAGGCAGGUUAACUUAGGGUUCUUGAGCACAGGGACUAUGGUGGUCUGCUUGAAAGAUGUUGGUAUUACAGACUCAGUCAGGGACCGGUUGAAAAUGUCAGUGAAGACACUUGCCAGUUGAUCAGCGCAUGCUCGGAGUACACGUCCUGGGAAUCCAUCUGGGCCUGCGGCCUUGUGAAUGUUGACCUGUUUAAAGGUCUUACUCACAUCGGCUACGGAGAGUGUAAUCACACAGUCGUCCGGAACAGCUGAUGUUCUCAUUCAUGCUUCAGUGUUGCUUGUCUCGAAGCGAGCAUAGAAGUAAUUUAGCUCGUUUGGUAGGCUUGUGUCACUGGGCAGCUCGCGGCUGUGCUUCCCUUUGUAGUCUGUAAUAGUUUGCAAGCCCUACCACAUCCGACGAGCGUCGGUGCCGGUAUAGUACGAUUCAAUCUUAGUCCUGUAUUGAUGCUUUGCCUGUUUGAUGGUUCGUCGGAGGGCAUAGCUGGAUUUCUUAUAAGCGUCCGGGUUAGAGUCCAGCUCCUUGAAAGCGGCAGCUCUACCCUUUAGCUCAGUGCGGAUGUUGCCUGUAAUCCAUGGCUUCUGGUUGGGGUAUGUACGUACGGUCACUGUAUAAUGGUUCUAUUCAGAACUAAACGAUUGGGAAAUAAUUUAGGUUCCAACCAAGAUUUAUCAUAGGCAAACUAGCCUAGUAGACCAUGGCUAACUUAGUAGCCUCGCAUGUGUAACGUUACAUAGUAGCAGCAAAUAACACCAGACCUACAGUUCUCACACGCAGAAUGUUACUAUAGUUAGGGGUGCUACUAGGCCCAAGCCAUAGCUACAGUACAUGGCUUACAAACCAAUAUACAAUACAACAUACAAUACAUGUCACCAGUGGCGAUUUUUAGCAUGUAAAUCUUGGUGGGGCAAAAAAAUAGAUAUGUUUGUAGAUGCAAGCCAGCAGUAGCGACCUGUCAUUUAGGGCAGGUGGGGCUCUGCUAUGAAUUAUUUCGCUGCCAGACAAGGCUUUUCUGAUAGCCAGGUGUAGCAGUGGUAAGGUGUUGGGACAGCUUUAUGUAGGCCCUAACAGUUUGUGGGCACCAUAUGUCACCGUUUAUAGUGCAAUUAAUGUGUUGUUUAGUGUUUUGUUGUGGCUUUGCCCAACGAGUUUGCCCAACCAAGAUUUACAUGCUAAAAUCACCACUGCAUGCCAGCAAAGCCACUACACAGCACAACACUAAACAAUACAUAAAUUGCACUAGAACGGUGACAAACGGUGCCCACAAACUGUUAGGGCCUACAUAAAGCUGUCCCAACAGCAGAGCUUUCUUUUCAGCACCAUGGAGUGAAUCCUUACUACUGCUACACCUGGCUAUCAGCGGAGCCUUGUCUGGCAGCGAAGCGGUUCAUUCAGCCUUAUUUACUACGUUUUACAAAAACAUAGCUGAUAUGGCUGACUUGCUUAAACAAAUGUGGUUUCUACUGACAAUUGAGAUGUACAAAGUAUGGCAUAAGUGGUCGACGAGCGAAUAAGAGGCAAUCCGUAAUUUCGGUGAAGACAUUAUUAAGCGAUCUAGGACUGACGUAGUCAUCUUUGUUCAGCACUUUUGAAAUGUACAGCGACAGAAUUCAGAACAUGGGCCGUUCUUACAGUGUUCUCCCUGUACACCAAGUCAGAACCGUAGGAUAAAUAAAGGGGGCAUAUAAGCAGACAAUGAAAGCACUUACAAUAUUUGAUGAUUACAUUUCUCUAAAACAGAAAGGGACCAAAUUAUUACGGUGAGGCACACGGGCUACUAACAGCUUACUACACAACAUACACUUAGUAUUACUUUCUUAGCUACAGUAUACAUAUCUCCCUGGCAUAUUACAUAAUUUAUGCAGAAGCAUACAAUACAUUUUUGGACUCACCUUGUUGUGCUGUGCUCACUUGAACAGGAAAAACACGCGGCGGUCCUUCGUGGGCAAAUGUUGUCAUCAAACUUUGUCAUCAAAGUCUGGUAUUCUCUGGAUUUAUGGUGCUUUCAAGACAACUGGGAACUCGGUGGGGGGGGGAAACAAGGUCGAAUCAUGACGUCAGUGAUGUUCAGGUCGGAGCUCUAGAAAGAGGCCCGAGUUCCCAACUUGGAAUUCCGAGUUGGAUGACCAUUCAAAACUAGUUCCCAGUUGUCUUGAAGUCUGAGAUUUUCCAGUUCCGCGUUUCCAGUUGUUUUGAACGCGGCAGAAGUCAUGCUGGAUUGACAGCAUGGCCAAUAUAUUCAACCUUUUUUGGCCCAUUGUGUUGAAUGUUUAUUAUUUUAAGCUUGGAAAAGAGACCCUUAAACCCAGACUUGGACCACACACCCACUCCACUGAAUAGCAGGCUAGUGAUUGCUUUGCAACACUUGCAGUUAGCCACUGAUUCCAUCCAAACCACUCAUUGUUGAAUUUGCGUUUUCCAACUUGUUGUGUAAUGUUUAUGGCCGAUGAGCACUGAUACGUUUGAUCUAUAAUUUCUCUUCAUAUGACAAGGAUUGAAAAGGAUUUGCCGGUAGAUUGUGGACUUGAUUCAUGAUGGUGACUGCUAGCUAAGAUUUUGAAAGUUUGAUGUUGACAUGAUCAGUCCAAUCAAAGCUACGGUAGAUAUAAUGUGAAUAGACGUCAUUUUAUCUGUGGCCAAUGACUUUGAGCCUUCUUGGAUGGGCACUUCUAAUGUAAUUAUAUGGCAGCACCCAAGGGUGCAGUGACAGUGUCCCCAUGAGUGACAGAACACUGAGCCAAUCACGGCACAACUAGAGAACAUGACCAACCCCUACGCUCCGUAUUUUCCGCUGGCUGCCCCACCACCACUGAGCUAGGCUGAAACACCUGCAUUUUGGAGCUGCCUUACCCAAGAAAGCAAAAAAGAGACCAUGUUUGAAUGCGACUUUUUUAACUCAAUGAUUAUUUUCUUUUUCAUUCUUUGCAAACUGAUAUGUGACAUGUAUUCAUGCCAAAAUAACAUGCAAAACAGGCCCCACCUGCCCUGAAUGACGGGUCGCGCCUGCAUGUCACAUACAGUAACGUCACAGGAACAUUUCUCUAUCAUAGAGAUAACUAUGGACUCUUAAUCUGCUGUAUGCCCCAAAAAAUAUUGUUAACAUUAUGCAAAAAAGUAGAACGAGCUACUAUGUGAAUGAAAUUCCCUAAGCUCCAUUCUUUUCUCAGGUCACAAUUGGACGUGGUUUUAAUGUCACUCACCAGCUCGUGUCCCCAAGCUGCCCCCUAAUGAUAUCCAGACUGCACUGUAUGUUAAAGCAACGAGACGACGGCCAAUGGACGGUGACCGAUAAGAAGGUACAGCUUCUCCAUAUAUCCAAUUGAAAAUGAAACGGUGAGUGUUUUUAUUAUAAAAAGUUUACAUUCUUUUUCCAGAGCCUUAAUGGUGUGUGGGUGAAUGGAGAACGAAUUCCUGUGGACAAAGCUCACCUGCUGAGGCUUGGGGACGCGAUAAAGUUGGGGGUGCCCAUCGUCGGCACCAAAGUGGAGUAUGAGUACAUACUGGUUCGGCAGCGCCUCGAGGACAUCAAACCCUACCUAGUGAAGGGACCUAGUGAAGUGGCCUGCGCCACCUCCAGAACCAAGAAGACUAAAAGGAAAUGUAACUCUGAUGAACUGGAGCCUUCAACCUCAUCUAAAUCCAAGCUCUACCGCCACUCUGCCACAGACAAGUCCCAGGGCCAGCCCUGCCCCACAGACGAGCCCCGGGACAGGCCAGGGAACAGGGUACGGGAGGAGGCCGGGCCCAGCAUGUGGCAGCAUCGGAGGCUGGACUCGCCUCCAGAGGGACCCAGCAGACCUAGCAGGGAUCUGUCCAGCCUGCAAAUGUACGUCUGUGUCUCCUGUUGCUCCUACUGCUACAUUCAUAACAUAUUUGGCAGGUUCUAUAUAAAAGAGAAUAUGGCUCUUUCUCAAUUGUCUAGAAGUCUGUCCUCUCCUCGUUUCAUUUCUUGUCUGCACUGAUUGGAAAAGACUUGACAGGUGAAACAAUAUGGUGGAAGCUCAUCAUUAGGCUGGCUUUCACCAGGUCAAUUAUUUUAGAUUAGCAUAGAGUUGCCAAAAUCUGGUAACUUUCCCAAAAUUCCCAGGUUUUCCAGAAAUCCUGUUUGGAAGAUUCCCGGAAUCACUAGGGAAUAAGCAGGAAAUCCGGAUUCUCCAACCAGGAUUUCUGAAAAACCUGGGAAUUUCGUGAAAGUUAGCGAAAUCUUGCAACCCUAGAUCAGCACGAUGAAGGAGAGGAAAGGAGGACAGAUUUGUAUACAUUUUUUAAAAGCCCUGGUGUUCUCAUUAUUAACAUCCAGACUGAAAAACAAAAAUGUACUGAUUGGCUGCUAGGUACAGCCAGAACAUGCUGGUGCUGCGGGAGCAGAUGGACGUCACCCAGCGGCGGGUGGAGGCCCUGGAGGGCGAGGGGGGGCGACAGCAGGACGACCCCCACCGGGAGGAGCAGGUGAGGGAGCUGCGGAGCCAGCUGGAGCUGCUGAGGGGCCAGCUGCACAGGAUGGAGAUGUUGGAGAGGUCCAUCAGCAAGACAGAGAACCGCCUGGAGGUGAGCCUCACUAGGGGGAUAUCAGGGAUUCAUCCAGAAUUCCUGCUUUUUCUAAGAUUAUCCUCCAUUCACAUAGAAUUUACAGACCUAUACCCCGUUGCAAGCCUAUUUUUUUUGUUGUUGUCGUGAUCACAGUGCCUUCAGAAAGUAUUCAUACCCCUUGACUUAUUCCACAUUUUGUUGUUACAGCCUGAAUUCAAAAUGGAUUGAAUUGGGGGGUUUUCCUCAACCACCUACACACAAUACCCCAUAAUGACAUAGUACAAACAUGUUUUUAGAAAUUGUAUCAAAUUUAUUGAAAAUGAAAUACAUAAAUAUCUCAUUUACAUACAGUGCAUUCGGGAAGUAUUCAGACCCCUUCCCUUUUUCCACAUUUUGUUACGUUAAAGCCUUAUUCUAAAAUGGAUUAAAUUAACAUUUUCCCUCAUCAAUCUACACACGAAACCCCAUAAUGACAAAGCGAAAACUGGUUCUUAGAAUUUUUUGCAAAUGUAUGAAAUAAAAAAAACAGAUUCCUUAUUUACAUAAGUAUUCAGACCUUUUGCUAUGAGACUCUAAAUUGAUCUCAGGUGCAUCCUGCUUCCAUUGAUCAUCCUUGAGAUGUUUCUACAACUUGAUUGGAGUCCACCUGUGGUAAAUUCAAUUGAUUGGACAUGAUUUGGAAAGGCACACACCUGUCUAUAUAAGGUCCCACAGUUGACAGUGCAUGUCAGAGCAAAAACCAAGCCAUGAGGUCGAAGGAAUUGUCCGUACAGCUCCGAGACAGGAUUGUGGCGAGGUACAGAUCUGGGGAAGGGUACCAAAACAUUUAUUCAGCAUUGAAGGUCUCCAAGAACACAGUGGCCUCCAUCAUUCUUAAAUGGAAGAAGUCUGGAACCACCAAGACUCUUCCUAGAGCUGGCCGCCCGGCCAAACUGAGCAAUCGGGGGAGAAGGGCCUUGGUCAGGGAGGUGACCAAGAACCCGAUGGUCACUCUUGACAGAGCUCUAGAGUUCCUCUGUGCAGUUGGGAGAACUUUCCAGAAGGACAACCAUCUCUGCAGCACUCCACCAAUCAGGCCUUUAUGGUAGAGUGGCCAGACGGAAGCCACUCCUCAGUAAAAGGCACAUGACAGCCCGCUUGGAGUUUGCCAAAAGGCACCUAAAGGACUCUCAGACCAUGAGAAACAAGAUUCUCUGGUCUGAUGAAACCAAGAUUUGGCCUGAAUGCCAAGCGUCAUGUCUGGAGGACACCUGGCACCAUCCCUAUGGUGAAGCACGGUGGUGGCAGCAUCAUGCUGUGGGGAUGUUUUUCAGCGGCAGGGACUGGGAGUCUAGUCAGGAUUGAGGGAAAGAUGAACGGAGCAAAGUACAGAGAGAUCCUUGAUGAAAACCUGCUCCAGAGCGCUCAGGAACUCAGACUGGGGCGAAGGUUCACCUUCCAACAGGACAACGACCCUAAGCACACAGCCAAGACAAUGUAGGAGUGGCUUCUGAAUGUCCUUGAGUGGCCCAGCCAGAGCCCGGACUUGAACCGGAUCGAACAUCUCUGGCGAGACCUGAAAAUAGCUGUGCUGCGACGCUCCCCAUCCAACCUGACAGAGCUUGAGAGGAUCUGCAGAGAAGAAUAGGAGGAACUCCCCAAAUACAGGUGUGCCAAGCUUGUAGCGUCAUACCCAAGAAGACUCGAGGCUGUAAUCGCUGCCAAAGGUUGCUUCAACAAAGUACUGAGUAAAGGGUCUGAAUACUUACGUAAAUGGGAUAUUUUAGUUUGUAAUUUUUUAUAAAUUUGCAGAACUUUCUGAACCGGUUUUUGCUUUGUCAUUAUGGGGUAUUGUGUGUCGAUUGAAGGUGGGGGGGGGGGGGGGGGGAAUCUUACACAACCGUGUAUAGUAGAGCAAAUAUGUAUUUGAUAAGGAUCAAGGUCUGCUCAUUUAACACUGGCAAAUGUGUUUGUUGUUUUACGUAAAAAUGUAUGCAUGCAUGACUGUAAGUCGCUUUGGAUAAAAGCGUCUGCUAAAUGGCAUAUUAUUUUAUAUUAUUUGUUGUUUUAAAGGUGCAAAAAACACAGCAUGAAGAGGAGGGUUUGAAAAAACAGUUGGAGGAGGCAUUGCAAGAGGUAAGCAACAGAAAACAUUGAGCUCAUGUAUUAAAGGUGGCCCGAUGUAACUGUAUUAAUUGAAUGUAACCAAUCUUGAAUCUGUUGCAAUCCAUAUAGCAAAGGAAAGUUAUAGAGGAACUUGCACUCUCUCGACAAGGCUUCGAGGAUGUCCUCAAGGCCAAAGACAAGGAGCUGGAGGUGACAAAAGUAAGCUCCCUCCAGUGUGAUUUACUCACUCAAUUGAAUUUCCUAACUCUGUUGAAUGAUACUGACUUCACUUGACAUACCUGGAUGAAAAUAAAUGGGUGAGGUUUCAAAGCAAUGUUUUGUCUUGCAGGAAGAGAAGGAGAGGGCGAGAACUCAAAAGGAGGAGGUGGUAACACAAAUGACGGAGGUGCUGGAGAACGAACUUCAAUGCAUCAUUUGUUCUGAGCUCUUCAUGAGGGUAAAUAUUUUGACCAGUUUUAUGGAGUUCCCAUUGGAUAUCAAUAACAGUCUCGUGUACAGUUAAAUGUACUUCUCUGUCUAGGAGUAUAGCUACUGACUGGAAGACGCUGUACUGUAAUCUCAAUCUGUAAUCCCAAUGUUAUCACAACGAAAGAUUAGGGUAAAGGCACAAUGCAGCCGUUUUUAUCUCAAUAUCAAAUCAUUUCUGGGUAAUAAUUUAGUACUUUGCUGUAAUAGUUUUCCAUUAAAAUGGUCAAAAAGAAACUAAAAUAGCUUUUUAGCAAAAACUAUUUCUCAAGCAAUAAUUUUGCUAGGACUGUCUGUGAGUAGUGGAGAGGGGAAAACUAGCUGAUAUUGGCAGAGAGGUUAGGAACUCCUUGUUAUUGGUCUAUUCAAAUGUAAUACCGCCUGUUGAUGUCACCGGGCAAGCCAAAACUCCACCCGUUCAAAACCUGCUGAUUAGAAGGUCCUGUGUAGAUUGUAUUUUCAACUAGGGCUGGGCGAUAUGGGUUAAAAUGCAUAUAUAUAUUUUUUUUCUCACAUUUAUGGGCGAUUCGCAAUAUAUCUAGUUUUUUUUUAAUGUUUUCUCUAAAUAAGCUUUGUUGCACAAUUAAAUGUCAAUACACUGCAUGUAAAAAAAAAUCAUAAUAACAACAAAAAAAGUGUUAUACCUAGGCUAAAUAUAAGCCUUCCACAACCAUAAUGUAAUUUUUGUUACAAAUUUAACCAGAACCAUGCACAAUACAAUGCACACCCACUAAUAAUGACCAACUUCUUAUAGAAAAUUAAGAUGGGUCUCAUAAUAAAUAUCUUAACCUCUUCAUGACGAGGUUCCCCAUAUCCGGGAUACUCCUCCCGCAAUCUCAAACAAUGACGUAGUACGGUUUUUAAACGUGUGAAUACCUGAAUGUUAUACACUACUGGAACGAGAAGCGUCUCAACUGUGAAUCUAGCUAAACUGUUGUUGCCCAAAUGAAAUAAUAUUCAGACUCCAAGCAAAUAUAUAAGCAUAUAGCAAAACCAGUAGUGUAUUUUGAAACCGUGCAUGCCCGUAUAUUCGUAGACAGAACUUAUUUUUCUAUCUACACAAACGAUACACUAUUCGAAAGCUGCUACCUCAAAGAUUCCAACAGUGAUAGCCGUGUUCCUCAAUGACCAACACUCACUAAACUAUUAAUCAAAGAACGUCAAUAACAAACUGCGUCUUACCUUUGUUGUUUUUGUUACCAAAAGUAGUGUCUGAUCGAAUAAAACCACUUGAAAAGAUACUCUAGUGUCUCUCUCUCUCAUUCCGAGUCGAUUUCAAUGAGUUUCCAUCGUUUUACAUGUCCAAGAAUGUGUUUGAAGAUAAAGUCAGUAGUUUGUUUCAAUCACAACAGGCACUGUUUUGUCGCCAUCUUCUGGAUAUAUGAUGCAAUCACAGUGGCUUGCAAUUGUGCUAAUUUAAUUCUACUGAUCCAGAGCUUUCGAUAGAGGGGUCACAUGUCAAAAUCGACCAACCGGUUGUUGAAAUAUCCAAGUGCGCACCUCAUUGAAUGCACUGAGCCUUUAAUCUGAGCUGGUUUCGAUCCUCUUUCAUAUCUCCCCUACAGGCGGUGACGCUUAACUGCGCCCACAGCUUCUGCCUGCACUGCAUCAGUGAGUGGCGCAAGCGGAAGGACGAGUGCCCCAUCUGCCGGCAGGCCAUCCUGUCGCAGACCCACUCACUGGUGCUGGACAACUGCAUCGAUCGCAUGGUGGAGCAGCUCAGCCCCGACAUGAAGCAAAGACGCCUGGCGGUCAUCGCUGAGAGGAAAGGUGAGAGGUGCGUUCGCCCCGCUCCUAGGUUCGCAGAGGUUGUUGAGGGGAGGCCUUGGAAUUCAUGGGUGGAGAUGUGGCGGCUGGAUGGAUGGAUGGAUGGAUGGAUGGAUGGACGGACGGACGGAUGUUUGUGAGUGAUAAGUGAAAUCAAAGUCAUUCAACAAGUGUGUAGGGAAUUGCAGGGGCCAUAUCCGCAUAGUGGAGAAACAUAUGCUGUAUAAUAGGGCUGUGUUCAGUAGGGAGAAACAGAGAUCCUUUAUUUCAGGGCCGUGUUCAGUGGUGAGAAACAGGUACUUUAUACCAUGGCCGUGUUCAGUGGUGAGAAACAGGUACUUUAUACCAGGGCCGUGUUCAGUGGUGAGAAACAGAUACGUUAUACCAGGGCCGUGUUCAGUGGGAAGAAAAAGGUUUUAAAUGGGGACAGGUCAUCCAGUAAGAACAGAGGUUUUCAUUUUCCAUUGCAAAUCAUUUUGCUAUGGUGUGCCCUACCGAACACGACCCAGGUCAGUGUGGGUCUAUGAAGGGCUCUCAUGGUGCCUUCCACUGUCUCUUCACACAGCCCAGCCGGAGGAGGUGAUGGUGAUCAGCAGCAGCAGCAGCAGUAGCAGCAGCAGUAGCAGUAGCAGCAGCAGUAGCAGUAGCAGCAGCAGUAGCAGCAGUAACAGUGACCUCUUCAUGGAUAGCUUCAGCUCCGUAAUCUCCCUGGAAGAGAGCGUCCAUUGGAGCUCCAGCCCCGCGUCUUAUAUCUUCGACGAUUCCGACGUGGACAAUAACUAGGUUUAGCCCAUUUGAAGUGGGUAUUUCACAUGAUUUUUAUUUUUUUUACGUUUGUUAAAUCCAUUUUCCUGUAAGGUUCAGUCAGAGACGGCCGGGGAGAGUGCAGAGAAAGGGAAAAAGCCAGUCCUUGACAGGAAACUAACGCACUCAAUAUUGUACUACAAAUUACAUUAGUGUGUAUAUAUAUAUAUAUAUUUUUUUUGUAACAAUGUCCAUUUGUCUUUUUUGUGUUCAUUUAUUUUCCCAAUGAAACAAAAUUAUGUUUCUUCAUUCAUUUGAAGUGUCACAAAAUGUCUCUGCCCAGAAAUGGACACAAGGUGGCGCCAGUAAAAAAAAUAAAAAGUGUUUAUUAACCUUUUUGUAUGAUGGUGAGUGGGUUACUGGUAUACAUUUACAAAACCAUAUAAUAUUGAUAAAAUCAGCUCUUUAGACCAGACAUUUAGAAGUGAAACCGAGAAUGCCUUUUGACUAGGAAAAUCAAGGCAAUAUUUUAUGUAUGUAAGCCAUGUCUUGUAUACACAUAAUAUGCAAACAUCCUGACAUUGCAAUAUUAAAGGUACAUCUAUUUUGGCUACAUUCCACUGUUAUCAAAUCACACCUUCCACCUACUCUUUGGCAAUUUACACACGGCCACAUUGCCUAGCAACUAAUGCAAUGGCUCCUUCUGCCAUGGAGGCAAAUAAAGAAGUGUGAUUGCAUCACCAUCCCAACAGUAAUGCAGGAAAUACUGCUGGCACUCUUCAUGGAUAAACGGAUGGGUGUUCUUUCUCUCUUGUGCUGGGUUUUGAAUUCCCUUACACAAGGGGAUCUUUGAAGAUGUUAAGACAAUUUACAGUGCUUUCAGAAAGUAUUCACACCCCUUAACGUUUUCCACUUUUUGUUGUGGGAUUAAAAUAGAUUUAAUUGUCAUUUUUACUUCAAUGAUCUUCACAAAAUACUUGUAAUGUCAAAGUGGAAGAAACAUUUUUUUAUUAAAUGGGAAAUAAAAUCACUAAUACAUCUUGAUUAGAUAACCUUUGACAGUAAUUACAGCUUUGAGUCUUUCUGGGUAAGUCUCUAAGAGCUUUGCACACCUGGUUUGUACAAUAUUUAUCCAUUCUUUUUUUUUUUUUUUAUAUCGUCAAGUUGGUUGUUGAUCAGAGCUAGACAGCCAUUUUCAAGUCUUGCCAUAGAUUUUCAAACCGAUUUAAGUCAAAACUGUAACUAGGCCACUCAGGAACAUUCUAUAUCUUCUUGGUAUGAAACUCCAGUGUAUAUUUGGCCUUGUUAUUGACCUGCUGAAAGGUGAAUUUGUCUCCCAGUGUCUGUUGGAAAGCAGACAAAAUCAGGUUUUCCUGCGCUUAGCUCUGUUACGUUUAUUUUAAUCUUUAAAAACUACCUAGUCCUUGCCGAAGACAAGCAUAAACAUAACAUGAUGCAGCCAACGCCAUGCUUGAGAAUAUGAAUAGUGGUACUCAAUUAUGUGUUCGAUUUUGCCCCAAACAUAACGCUAUGUAUUCAGGACAAAAAGUGUAUUUCUCUGCCACAUUUGUUGUAGUAUUACUUUAGUUUCUUAUUGCAAACAGGAUGCAUGUUUUGGAAGAUUUUUUAUUCUGUACAGGCUAUAUUCUUUUCACUCUGUCAUUUAGGUUAGUAUUGUGGAGUAACUACAAUGUUGUUGACCAUCCUCAGUUUUCUCCUAUCACAGCCAAUCAACUCUGUAAUUGUUUUAAAGUCACCAUUGGCCUCAUGGUGAAGCCCCUGAGUGGUUUCCUUACUCUCCGGCAACUGAGUUAGGAAGGACGCCUGUAUCUUUGGAGUGACUGGGUGUAUUGAUACACUAUCCAAAGUGUAAAAUUAAUAACUGCACUAUGCUCAGUGAUAUCAAUUUGUUUUACCCAUCUACCAAUAGGUGGCUGUCUUUGCAAACCAUAGGAAAACCUCCUUGGUCUUUGUGGUUGAAUCUGUGCUUGAAAUUCACUGCUUGACUUAGGGACCUUACAGAUAACUGUGUGUAUGAGGUACAGAGGUGGGUAGUCAUUCCAAGAUCAUGUUAAACAUUAUUAUUGCGCACAGAGUCCAUGCAACUUAUUAAGUGACAUUUUUACUCCUGAACUUAUUUAGGCUUGCCAUAAAGGUUUGAAUAUGUAAUGACUCAAGACAUUUCAGAUGUAUCUUUUAAUUAAUUUCUAAAAACAUAAUUCCACUUUGACAUUAUGGGGUAUUGUCGUAGCCGGCCGCGACCGGGAGACCCAUGGGGCGGCGCACAAUUGGCGCAGCGUCGUCCAGGGUAAGGGAGGGAAUGGCCGGCAAGGAUGUAGCUCAGUUGGUAGAGCAUGGCGUUUGCAACGCCAGGGUUGUGGGUUCGAUUCCCACGGGGGGCCAGUAUAAAAAAUGAUGUAUGCACUAACUGUAAGUCGCUCUGGAUAAGAGCGUCUGCUAAAUGACUCAAAUGUAAAUGUAAUGUGUUGUGUGUAGAUCAGUGACACAAAAUCUCAACGUAAUAGAUGUUAAAUCCAUGCUGUAAUACAAAAUGUGGAAAAAGUCAAGGGGUGUGAAUACAAAAUGUGGAAAAAGUCAAGGGGUGUGAAUACUUUCUGAAGGCACCGUAAAUUCAGUCGUAAAUAAAGAUGGCAUUUAUGACAUUUUCCAAUAGCAAAGGUCUUAUCCGUAUGAAACAGGUGAGAUAUUUGGGCCAAUAUCCUACUGUGUUGUAUGAUGCAGCAGAGGGGAUACCUGCACUGUUAAAGGCGCUGCAUGGUCAUUCGGACGUCUGCAUUGGCCGUGAAGCAUUUAUUGUGACCCGGACUCUGCAGAAGUCAGGGCAUUCAUACUCCUUGCACUUCACUUGACAGCGCAGAGCUGUUGUGAAGGAAGUUAGUUUUUGUUUAUACAGGACCUCCCACCCUCACCUACCGUCAACCAAUCAUGUCAAUGCGGAGCAAUACGGAGCCCUCCGCAUUGUUAAAAAAUUUAAGAGGCGCACGGCGAUGUGGUACAGACUCGAUUUGCCCUCUGCGUGCCUCCGGAAGCUCCGCGAUUGCGUCACACCAUCCAUACGGCGCCUCCGACCAAAUUGUCAGAUAAAGCAUAAGUUGGCUUUAACUGGGAACGCAAUGACAUCAGCACUUCUGGAAAUGUGUGGGCAUUCCAUUUUUUUAACACUGCAUUGACUGCUUUCUCUAUUGACAGUUUCUCUCUGCUCUUUUCAACCAUAGAUAUUGUAUCCCCUGUCAAUUCUACUGUAACUACCAACAUAAAUUAUGAGGUUCUGUGGUUUGUUAAUAAAUCUACUUUGAUUAGUCUUAUUGACAUAUGCAGAUUUUCCCCACAGUGUUACACAGAAUCUUUUUGAGUUCUUCAGACACAAAGCAAUGGAGAGAAGAGGCUACACUAAAAGAGCAAAGCCUAACUAACAACAUCACUAAGCCGUGCAAGACUCAUAGAUGACACUGGAUUUCCCCACACAUUAUUCUACUUCAGUUCCAGGCUAGAGCAGAUGCAGCCUGUGAUCCCCAACACUGUGAUUCAUUCCCCCCCACUAGGUUGAUAUCCCGAGUGCGUUUCAGUGCCUGCUUCCGGAGACUCUCUCCUCCACUGCUCCGUGGAGAAGGCCCAUGUCAUGCCAGUCCAUUAGAAGCCGAGAGCAAGGGAAGCGUGUGUCUGUCAGGCUGCGUUACACCAGGACGACAGUGACGGACAGCCCCGGAGCCCUAGUCAGAGCCGCCGCUCCCCUCCCUGCAUCCCUCCACCUCCUCCAGGAGCCUCUACCAUGAUGUGUCAUGAAAAGAACAAUGUCAGCAACAGUUACCCUAUCACUCUUUCUCUCUUGUUCACGCUUUCUCUCCCUCCCUCUCUCUCUUGCUCCCCCUCUCUCUCGCCCCCUCCCUCCCUCGUCACGCUGAAGCAUUUGGGUCGCACCAUGUGACCGGUCAUGUCCAAUUAAGUUACUGACUAGGAUUACCCAUCUUAUUACAUAAUUAAGCGAAGAUCCUCCUAAUACACCAUAUUAUGUCAUUAGGCCUACAGUGUCAUGAAAAAGUAAAGCAUUUCCCCUGCCUAACCCCUUCCCCCACUCCAUAUCAUCUAGUCCUAAAUUCUAGAACCUAAAUACUAAUAGGAAUGUGUAUAUGACUUGUCAUUGAUGCAUACUGUCAAACAGUAAGCUUUAAGUUAAGUAAACAUCCUAUUCCUACUGUUCUUUAUCAGCUUGGGGCUGUUGGGAGAGUCAGCAUAGUGCUGCUGUGCCAAACUGACAUGCCUCUGAACUCGCUUCAAACCCUUUGAAGAAACAAGCUCCACUCAAUGAAGCUGCAGCAGGACAGAGUGCAGGGGGAGUCAGGGAAAGGUAGCUACACAGACUCCAGAUGAGGGUUACACACAGAAAAUUAGGACCCAGCGGCUUUCUGGCUUUUGUUGUUGUCCCAGCCCCGCCUCUCCGGAGCCUCCCUAGUGCUGCAGCUGAUGAUAAGAGCCACUAGCACUGGCUCCUGUCAUAGACGGUCAACUCCAGGCCUCGGUGGUCAUUGUUAUAGGCUGAGGAUGGCAUAAUUGGGGGAUUUUCUAAGGCUAAGGCUGAUCUAGCUGUUUUUUGUGUCCAGUGUCUGGGAGAAUGUAUAGAAUGUAUAGUGAAACCUAAAAGUGGUGUAAAAAUAGUUCCCCUACUUAGGUUUUAUUGUCAAACUCUUCAGAUAGGCUUCAUGGCUCUAAAUUGAUCAUCAUUAUUGGGUUGUCUGUUUUUAUAUUAACACAUAAUACUUUGUUCUUUAUGUUACUCUUAUUAUUAUAUAUAUAUAUCCUGAUGCCUAGUCACUUUACCCUGCCUUCAUGUAAAUAUCUACCUCAAAUACCUCGUACCUUUGCACAUUGAUCUGGUACUGGUACUGUAUAUAGCUCCAUUCUUAUGUAUGUUAUUUUAUUCCUCUUGUGUUACUAUUUUAUUUUUAUUAUUAUUUGUAAAAUCUACUGUGCAGCAUCGUUGGGAAGGGCUCGUAAGCAAGCAUUUCACGGUAAAGUCUACACCAGUUGUAUUCAGCGCAUGUGACAAAUAAAAUGAGAUUUGAUUUAAGAUAUGUUAUGUUUUGGUGUGUGAUUCUUUCAUUCAACACAUGAUAAAGCCGCUCUUGCAGUGGCAAGACAUUAAUAUGUCGUAGUUCCAGCAUGGUUUUAGACUAGAGAAUCUGCUUGUUUAGAUGCUUUGGGAUGGAUGAUGGAUCCUCUCCAAAUGCAUCUUAUCCAAAAUCCUCGUUCCAUCUGCCAGCUUGCUCACAAAUGAUCCACACAGCAGGAUCAUGGCACACAGCUACACUGCUUCGACAGUUCUGUGUGUUGAGGUUGUACAGUAUGCGUUGCGUAGCGUGCAGGGUGAGUUAUGAUGUCCACUCCACUCUGCACCAAGCAGCUCACUGCCCAGCACCAAACAGCUCACUGCCCAGCACCAAGCAGCUCACUGCCCAGCACCAAGCAGCUCACUGCCCAGCACCAAGCAGCUCACUGCCCAGCACCAAGCAGCUCACUGCCCAGCACCAAGCAGCUCACUGCCCAAGCCCUGUGCUUUUUUUCUUCAUCUUUCCCAAUUGCCUUGGUAAGGCAGCCUCUAAUAAUACUUGUAACAUUCAUACAUUAUAGCUUGGUGUGAUGUAAUCAAAUCAUUGUUUAAUAAGAGCAGUAGGCCUACAUGUUUGGAUAGUAGUAAUUUACCCAAACGAGUGCUUCGAGGGUAAUUGAUAUAAUGUUGUGUAACAGACAGAAACAAAGAUGGCAGACAGUAAUUGUAAUUACACAUGUAUAGUCUUUUGUUGUGAGAUGUGGCGUGACAUCACUCUGCAGGUUCCCUGCAGGGAUGUCUUUGAGCUGCCAGCCAAGCUUCAGCUGAACAUAAAUCAGGAAAAUGUUUUUUCGCUGAUGAUGAGAAUCAGUUCUACUGGCUGAAAUUGUCUUGUUACUAGUGCUAUGGAAUAUCCUUGUUGCAUAAUUUAACAUUUGGGUAUUCAUCAAUAACCCAUUUUGAGAGCUUGGGACUAUAAGGUUCUAUCUGCAAAAAUAUAAUUCUGAGAUAAUUGGCUUUAAUGUUCCGAACCCUCAUUGGUUUGAAUGGUGUCAGCAAUUUUUAUAUUGUAUUAUUUUGAACUUAACAAAACACACUGGAUAAAGAAAUGAGCCCUAAUUGAGGUCAGUAUCAUUGACGUCAGGUUAGGUCAGUUAGGUCCUUAUUAAAAGUGGGUAGAUUAAAUCUACUGUGCAGCAUAAAAAGGUGUGUUUUGUUUGAGGAGUCGCCCUUUACCUUGUUUAAUUACCUUGUUUGAGGAGUCGCCCUUUACGUUGUUUAAUUAUGUUGUUUGAGGAGGGGCCUUUACGUUGUUUAAUUAUGUUGUUUGAGGAGGCGCCCUUUACAUUGUUUAAUUAUGUUGUUUGAGGAGGCGCCCUUUACAUUGUUUAAUUAUGUUGUUUGAGGAGUCGCCCUUUACAUUGUUUAAUUAUGUUGUUUGAGGAGUCGCCCUUUACGUUGUUUAAUUAUGUUGUUUGAGGAGUCGCCCUUUACUUUGUUUAAUUACGUUGUUUGAGGAGUCGCCCUUUACAUUGUUUAAUUAUGUUGUUUGAGGAGUCGCCCUUUACAUUGUUUAAUUGCGUUGUUUGAGGAGUCGCCCUUUACGUUGUUUAAUUGCGUUGUUUGAGGAGUCGCCCUUUACGUUGUUUCAUACACUUACCUUACAAGAGGUAAGGUAAGUGAAACUGCAAUUUGAAAUAAUUUAGCGUGUCACAAUAUCAUUAAUUUCAAUCUUGGCAAAUAAAACAAUGCUUCUAUAACACUUGUUUAUUCUCUGUCCUUAGAUGUGGAACAUUGCUGCAUUGGUGUUAGUGGUGGCAGGGUCUGCCUCUUGCUACACAGCCUGCCGAUGGAAAAGUCUGCUCUUGUCAGUCAACCUGCUGUAUGACCAAUGGAGGAUACUCCUGCUGUCCAGUUCCCUGUGUGAGUACGAAACAAAUUUGACACCACUAGUGUAAAUGUAAUUCUUCAAUGGUAAAACCAACUUUUCGGUCAAAACCAAGACCCUCAUCAGAGCUCACUGAGAGGUAUUACAGAUUCAUUACAUAUGAAUUACAAGGUAUUCACAGACCACAUAACUUUUAUUUUCAUUAUGUUUGUUUUCCUAGGCAGUGUGUUGCUCUGACAUGUGUUGCUCUGACCCACUGUUGCCCGUCCGGAUUCAGCUGCAACACCACGGACCAGAUGUGUACGAAAGAUGACCAACCAUGGAACAGCGUGCCCAUGCUGAAGAAGGUGGCUGCAGAGGAACCAUGCUCUCCUGUCUCUCAACCACUCAAGUCUGAUAUCGUCCCAGAGCAAUGCUGCUCUGUGGUGCACUGUGAUGGCUCAAAUAUCUGCCCUGCUGCCGUCAACCCGAGGGCGGGUGGAGCUGCAGUCCAUUUUCCCCUGUGAAUAGUGUCUUUCUACUUGUAUGUUGGCUUCAUGGUCUAAAAUGUAAAUGUAAAUGCAGUUCAGGGGUCUCAAACUAAUUUUGCCCGGGGACCACAUUUGAUCUUCGUCACCAAAGUCCAGAGGGCAGCAUUUGGCCAAUAGGGCCCAGAUUCACAAAACCUUCUUAAGAAGACAUUUCUUCUUAACUGCCAUUUUUUGGGGGGGAGAACAUGGCUACUUAGCAUUCAGUCACAUGUCGUUUGUUACUUGGCAUUUAUGUUAUUAAAGGUGGUAACACAUUGAAAAUAACCUACGGAUAAAAGUAUUUUAUAUCUUAGAUAUAACCAAGGUCAUUACAUGGUUUAUGCUUAAGAAGUGUUGUGUGAAUCUGGGCCCGCAGGCCGGUAAUUUGAGACCACUGGUCUACUGUAACUUUAUAUCUUGGCUAACGGGUUAAAUAUAUAUUGUAAAAAUGUUUGUUGUUAUUUCACAGUUUUGUUGUUAGGCUACUGUGUAAUUAAUGCUUGUUACAUUCUACUUACAAUAGUAACUAGACAGUAAAGUUAAAGUUAAUCUAUAUUUCUAUAUUUCUACUUAAAAUGUGUAACGCAAAACAUGAACUUGUAUAUCUCUGUUUCGUAGAGCGCGUGCUGUCUGGAUGGCGUCCACUGCUGUUCUUAUGGUGUGACCGCAUACACACUAAGUGUCUGAAGUCCGACGGCCUGAGGUACCCCUUUAUACCGAGGCAGGCCCAGGUCCUUUCUAUGAUCAAAGUCACCAAGAUCUCCAAGCCGGAUAACAAGGUCAACGACCAGGUACCACAAUAUGUGCCAGAGGCAGCUAGCUCUGUGUUCACUUUCUAUCAAUACAUUACGUUUUGUCCACAGUUUAUCAUCAGGCAUGUCAUUACAGUCUCAGACAAAGGCACGCUGGAUGUCAGCUUUAUACCAUGAAUUUAAUUGAGACGUUGUUCCUGCUCACUGGUAUUGUGUUGCUUUGGUGUUACUACCCCUGAGAGUAAGAUAUUGAAGUUGCGGUUUUCUCUUCUUUUAGCAGGUCCCAUGGACACCACGUGGUCGCGGUUGACAGCACCCCACAUAGCUCUGUCAUUCACUUCCACGGGAAAUCAACUGACCUCCAGCUCCUAUAACCCGUUGCGGCAAGGGAAACACUGGCAAUUACUGUUGUCCACAGCCAUCUAA